UGACAGCUCGACGCCCAUCAUGGUGUGCAUGUCUCGCGUGUGGCAGCAGGGCUGCGCGUUUGCCGCGAGGCUCCGAAGGAAGGACUGUGCAUGCAGGUUGGCGGGCCUUUCAGUCAGACUCUCCAGCACCAAAACGGCACCCCAGAUACCAGGCAUGGAGUACCAGGAUGCCAUUUGCACUCUGAACACACUACAGACCAACGCCAGUGCUCUGGAGCAGGUACGACGAGAGCGGAGCCACCCUCAGCAGCAGCUCCAGGCCAUGAGAGCCUUCCUGGAAAGAGGCGGCCUGACAGUGGAAGAAUUAGACCAUCUCAAUAUCAUUCAUGUGACUGGAACAAAGGGCAAGGGGUCAACAUGUGCAUUUACUGAACAGAUUUUGAGAAAUUAUGGCUUCCGCACAGGAUUUUACAGUUCCCCACAUUUGGUCCAAGUCAGGGAAAGGAUUAGAAUCAACGGACAGCCCAUUGGAAAAGAACUCUUCACUAAAUACUUCUGGCAGGUUUAUGGACGGCUGGAUGAAACUAAGAACGCCCAUGGAGGGACGAUGCCGGCAUACUUCCGUUUCCUCACCAUCUUGGCCUUCCAUGUGUUUCUUCAGGAGAAGGUGGAUUUAGCUGUAAUUGAAGUUGGGAUUGGUGGAGCAUAUGACUGCACCAACAUUAUAAGGAGACCGUGGGUGUGUGGCAUCUCCUCUCUGGGUAUAGACCACACUCAGAUUCUUGGAGAUACCAUCGAAAAGAUUGCCUGGCAAAAAGGAGGCAUUUUCAAGCCGGGGGUUCCUGCCUUCACAGUGAAACAGCCAGAAGAUGCGAUGGCUGUGCUCAGGAACAGGGCUGAAGAGAAACAAUGUCCUCUGUGGGUGUGUCCAGAGCUGGAGGACUACCAGACAGACUGUGGACCUUUGCGUCUGGGGCUGGCAGGGCAGCACCAGCACUCAAAUGCCUCGCUGGCCCUCCAGCUGAGUCACACUUGGCUACAGAAAAGAUGCCUACCAGAUAAAAGCUAUCUCUCCACUGGUGUUGACAACACAAGUGUACUUCAGGUGACUUCCUUCAAGCCCAGCCCCAUCAUGUUGAAAGGGCUGGCAGACACAGAGUGGCCUGGAAGGAACCAGACUCUGAAACACGGAGCAGUCACCUACUUCUUGGAUGGAGCUCACACCAUGCGCAGUAUGCAGGCCUGUGUACACUGGUUCAGAGAGACUGCAGCCCAGCAUGAAAGGAAUGCAAGUGGACCUGUAGCCAGAGUUUUGCUGUUCAAUGCCACAGGAGAGAGAGACUCAGCAGCCAUGCUGAAACUUCUGGUGCCAUGUCAGUUUGACUUUGCAGUGUUUUGUCCAAACAUCACUGAAGUCAUCGCUUCUUGCAAUGCAGACCAGCAGAACUUCAACGUCUCAGUGGAGAACAUGUUGACUCGCUGCUUGGACAAUGAGAGGAGCUGGCGUCUCCACAACAGCCUGGGGGAUAAAAAAGGUACACAGCUGCUCAUCGAGGGCAGCCUGCCCCUGAUCCCUGAAAAGAAGGCAGAUGCCCUGGUGUUCCCCUGCAUCCUCAGCGCCCUCCAGUGGAUCACCCAGGGCAGGGAUUCGGUGCUGGCAGACCCAACCAAAACAGUCUUACCAGUUAAACCCAGCAUCAUGGCCAAAGCUGCUGCGCUCUGCGAUGCAGCCGAGAUCCACGUCCUCAUUACCGGAAGCCUCCACCUGGUGGGAGGAGUACUCAAACACCUCGACCCAGCUUCCUCCAAGUAAACGGACAAUUAAGUUUAAAAUAAUGGAUUCGCGCUCUGCAUAAAUACACAAUUACCUUUUUAUGGAAGAAAAAUAAUUUCUGUGUGUAUAGAUGAGGUUUUGUGAUACUAGCUUUUUGUGUUUACCUGAAAGGGAUUAGCUGUACCCAGGUUUCUCAGAAGCUUCCCUACAGUGGCAGAUGCUUAGAGCAGGUUAGUUUGAACCAAGGCUGCUCCAAGCCUCACAUCAAGCCAAGCUUCACCCAGAGCCUUACAGACGGCCGCACAAACGUGUGCAGCUCAUGUCUUUAACUUAACUUGAAGCCAAAUAUGUUUACAUGAACUGCAGAGGCUAUAUUCAUGUACACCACAACAUGAGCUGAGAUGGCUAAACUGGUACUCUGAUGCCACCUGGAUGAACCAGAGUGGUGUGAUGGUUAUUACAUUAAUGGGCACCAAUAAGUGCUACAUGGACCACAUGAAGUUAUCAGCUUUCUGGUUUUAACUUAUCUAUUUGGAACACCUGACUAUUACCUUCCAGCCUUUUUUUAAAAAUGAAAACAUUUUGCACGGUUUCUACUUAUAUUUUGUCAGGAUUUGACAAAGUGCUUCUUACACAUGACCUAGUCGUGUCUUUGUUGUAGAUGUCUAAAUAUUCUGACAGGAGUGUUGGCAUUCUGUGUAAUCUGUUUAACACUGGAAUUAUAUUAAUAUUUAAAUGGGCCAUUUCAAUUUGCAUUAUCUGACUAAUACAUCGUUACUGUAUGUAAUAAUAAUAAUAAUGGUAGAAAUUGAAACUGUAUAAAAUGCACAUAUCACUGAGGUCAGUGAAGCUAACAGAGGCCAUCAGCUUCACAUCGUUCACCCUCUAACCUCAGAUGAGUUUGAAAUUGAAUUUCGGUAUAAAACAAACUACACUGACUACACUUGAAUGUCCCUGUGGACCCAUUAAAACACGAAAUGCACUUAAAUGGAACUUGUCAAGAUGAAAUCUGCUUAAAUUGUAAUUGAGUCAAUUAAAAAAAAUUGUCCACCCUUG